CGUCAUGAUACGUCUACGAGACUGCGGCUGGCUGUACCGACUGAAUUCGCAGGCUCGAGCGCAUGUUGAAAAGGCGAACGAUGGUAGUGGUAUUACUUUCCAUGAUCUUCGCAAUAAGAGGGAAGUCCGUGGCCUGCUGCUCAUCUGGCUAAGUUUUGAACUGACUAGACUAUCCGGACUUCACCUCGCAAGCUUUGUCUGAUAUGUGUGGAGUGUUCGCUGCUAUCUCGCGGUGAGCAGUCUACAAGGCCGUGAGACAGCGUACCGCGCAGCCGGUAUACGGUGUUUUUACUCAUUCCUGACUCUAGACAUUUAUCACGAUGAGCACCAUUCCGACAUUCGCCCUGACUGACUAUGCUGUGAUGACUGUGAUGUUGUGUUUAUCGUCAUGUAUUGGAAUCUAUUUUGCUUGGAAGGACAGAAUGGACCAAUCAAAUAAGGCAUUUUUGAUGGGUAACCGCGAACUGGGUGUGUUCCCCGUCGCAAUGUCGUUGAUGGCGAGUUUCCAGUCUGCAACAACUGUUCUUGGUUAUCCUGCUGAGAUGUUCUACAAAGGUACACAAUUUUGGGUGGCAAUAUUCGGACUCGCAAUAUCGAACGUGCUGGCUGCCGAGAUCUUCCUCCCAGUGCUUUAUAAGCUUCACCUUACAAGUGUCAAUUUGUACCUGGAGAGGCGGUUUUCCUCAGUUCCUGUUCGGAUUCUUGGUUCCUUAUCAUUCAUCACAAAUACCCUGCUCUACAUGGGCGUUGUUUUAUAUGGACCAUCUGUAGCAUUAGAAUCAGUUACUGGACUUCCAGGAUCGAUGUCCAUUUUACUCCUUGGACUUAUUUGUACUUUCUAUACAGUGUUGGGAGGUAUGAAGGCGGUUGUUUGGACGGAUGCCCUCCAGAUGACUAUAAUGGUGAUGGGAUUGGCAUCAGUCGUAAUAUUGGGUAUAGCAAAAGCAGGUUCACUCAGUGACGUGUGGACCAAGGCUGAGGACGGCGGACGCAUCCAGUUCUUGAAUACGCAGAUCGACUUGCAGUCGUCCGUGGUCUUAUGGAAUGUCCUGCUAGGAACGACGUUUGUAUGGCUGGCCUCUUAUGGCACGAGCCAGACACAAGUACAACGGUUCUGCAGUGUCUCUUCACUGAAGGAAGCUCGCACUGCUCUGUACCUGAACAUUCCUGGUGUUAUGCUUAACAUUAGCCUUGGUUGCUUAGCAGGACUGGUCAUCUAUGCGAAUUACUAUGACUGUGAUCCACUCAAGGCGGGCAAAAUAAAAAAGCCUGAUCAGCUGAUACCAUAUUUUGUCAUGGAAACACUUAGUGUUGUUCCUGGGCUUCCUGGUUUGUUUGUAGCAUGUGUCUUCAGCGGUGCACUCAGUACCCUCUCCUCUGGAUACAAUUCAUUGGCCGCCGUCACUUGGGAGGACUUUCUUGUACGCUGGUCCAAUUUUUCAGACCGACAGGCGGCCUUUGUGACCCGCUCUGUGGCCGCAUUUUACGGGCUUCUAUCUAUUGGUCUAGCAUUUCUUGCGGGGCGAGUUGGUUCCAUUCUCAAGGCCGCAUUUGCCAUGUCAGGUGCCCUUUCAGGACCACUUUUAGCGGUAUUUACACUAGGCGUUCUAGUUCCCAUGUGCAAUGGGAAGGGUGCCCUUAUUGGUUUGCUGCUAGGACAGGUUGCUUGCCUUUGGGUUGUCAUUGGAUCACUGCUGAAUGAGUUGCCUCCCGAAAAUCUUCCUACAUCUAUCGAUGGCUGUGAGGCAAACUCAACUAUCCCUGUAAUACCUGCAGAGAGUGAACCCCAUGCUGAAAGGGGCCUUCUGCAGUUUUAUCGAAUAUCGCAUCUCCUUGUUCCUGUGCUUGGAUUCACGAUUGCAUUUUUUACUGCAUUAUUUGUCAGUCUUCUAACAGGCAAAAGUACUGGUCAGAUACAAGAUCCGAGUUUGUACUCCAGCUGUGUAAGGCGCUUCCUAAAUCAAGAGCCGACAACAGAAAAACGAGAUGCUAUAAGUGAUGAAUCUGGUCAGCUUCAGAAAGUAAACCUUCAUACCAAUCCUGUGUUUUCUGAACACGAUGUCCACCCAGAGGAGCAAAAGGACAUGAACAAUGCUGCCCAGCCUCCAGAUGAUAUAGGACCUACAUCAUUAUAACGAGAGCCUUAACUACUACAUGCAUUUGUGCUCUGCACUUAUCAAAUGUACAUUUUUUGUCCGGCCUGUCUGGACAUUUAUUUACUCAGAUUUCCAUUAUAUGUGCAGCCCCUUUCCACAUUGUUAAAAAAGCCACCUUCAUAUGUCAGCAUAAUUUUCUUAUUGUGAAGAAACAUUAUAUUUUCUUACCUUUCUGGCAUCCACUGAAAAAGGGACUCUAGUGUACAUUUUCCUUUGUACAUACGUGCUUAAAUGAAAACAAACAAGAACUGCCAUAUUUUAUGGACUAAGCAGUAAGCAGCUGGAUGCAUGCAUUGUAUUCAUCAGUGCCUAUAGCUCAGUCAUAUUUAUCAUUUAGUUGUUGAUAUUAUUGUACAGCUAUGCGUUUAGUUAUUAGUGAGCACUGCAAUAUAUCCUCCCUUGAUUAGCAGACAGUAGGUGUUACCUACACAGUAGCCUUUGCCUGUGGUUUUUCAAUGGGUAAACCAUUCUUCCUUGUAAAAAUAAGUGGUACUUAAUGAAGGUAUGUUAAUUUGUAAAGCCCAACAGAAUCAUCCUUUGACAGAGAAGUGUUACUGCAAAAAGUUUGGGGGGAAUUUGGAUGGCUUUAUGCAUUGGCUUAAAGCAUAACGGUACACAAAAUUUAUAGUUUAACCUUCCUAGCCUGCGCUGCCACAAAUUGGCCUACAGUGUCGUUCAAGUCAAUAUUUUCAGUUUCUUCCUUUUUCAUACCACCCUAGAUACAGUGUUGCUUGGAAUCAAGGAUGAUGGGUUUCCAGGUCACAUAUAGCCAAUUACACAAGCUACACACCAGUAGGUGCAUGAUGUGUGUCUCCCCUGUGCUCAGCAUAACUCUAUGACAUGACCCUACUCUCUUCACAUUGUCAUGCAAAUGAAGAAUAAUGUGUUCAUGCUGAAAGAAGAAAAAGCAUGUUGUUGACGUGCAUAUAUUUUCAGAAUUAACAGUUGCAUGCAAAUUAUGAAAUCCUAACCUAAACCACUCUUAUUUCUGCAUCUAAGCAUGCCAGAGUAUAAUAGUUAGGUCUGCGCAAAUAGUAAUUUUGAACCAUCCCGGUUGUGAUGCAAUAAUUCCUCAAAUUCUGAAAAUUUCUCCGGCUUUGUGUCCAUUAGAAGAGUAUCCUUUCUCGUCGAAGCUCUUGUCUGUUUUCUUGCAGGACACUUCACCCUUCAACUUUGUUCUGCAUGCUGCAAAGGGUGUUGCUCUGAUGAAAGAAAAGUAAAGACGAAAGAAAAUAACGUUGAAUUCAAUUCCCAUCGUGUUGCUCUGUUCAGCCAUUAUCAAUAUUAUGCCACAUAGAUCAAAGUUGAGACAUAGACAGGAACCUGAGGAGAAAGCUUAUUGGUAAACUAUGACUCGGAUUUCGAACUGAAUUCAAGGUUCAUUGCUGUGCACCUAGCUGUUAGACAUACCAGCACAAUGCAGUGGUGGUACAUGGAAUGGAAAGUCAAAUUAAAAGUAGUCCAAUGGUUCUUGGCACACAAUGAUUUCGAAUGUUUUCAUGCACAACCCAUUAACACUUCAUCGAGGGCAAGUUGUGAUACUCCUCAUAGAUUGCAGGGAAGGUACUUAGUUUUAGCUACUAUUUUCAUUGUAAUGGAGCUUAAAAUAGAUCUUUAAUGUCUUCACAACUUUUAACAAAUGCUAGAUAACAGCAUGCUCAAAGUGAGAACAUGCAUUUACUGCCAUUUUGACUGACCAGGAGCACUAAAUAUAGUCUAUACUGGUGACCUGCAUUUAGGCUGUUGUGGACAUGUUCCUUGUUGGGUGGAAAAUGCGGCGUUGAGUUUUAAUCGGAUAGUUGAAGAUAGUUUAAAUGCCCAUCCUCCAUAUAAUGUGGAAGAUUCAGUUGAAUAUGUAUUCCACAAAUGUGAGACUCCAACACCUAUCACAUAGGAAGGUAUUGCGAUCAGCACGUGUGCGCUUGUUGAGAUUGCCUUACACUUGAUACCGGGCAUACCGGUCCUCUGCAUGGCCUGGGAGUUCGUUUUUUGCCUCCAGAGACAGAACCAACGUUGUUUUGUUGAUGGUUUUUGCAAUAUGUCCCAGUUAGCAUGGUAGCUUACUGGGUGGUUUAUCCGCCUUGGUGCUUGAAGUGGUCCUGCUGUGUCUGAAUAUGCAUGGUAGAAGUAGUCUGUUAGGUGUGGGUAGCAGAUUAAAUUUGACCUUUGACUGGUAGUAAAACGGCUUCGCAAUGUAGGAACUAAACUUUUCCCCCACAAUCCUCCUUGUUCAUAUAGCAUACACGAAUUCUGUGCGACGUCCCACGUGAAGUUGUUCAUGUCUUUUUGUACACUGCAAAAUAUGUGGGGUGUAGACAUCGAAAGUAUAGUAUGGCAGUGACAUUGUUUGCAUACCUGCGAUGCGAAAUGUACUCAAAUGCACGAUGCUGUGUUUUUAUCCUCCAGCUCGCCCUUUCACUGGCUUGCUAUAAAAAGUACCUCAUGGAA